AUGCGCGGCCCGCCGGUUUUCUCGGCGAAGGCCUGGCACGGCCCAGGCAACGGAGCCCUCUUCUCACAAAUACAGUCGCGCAUCUCGACGACAACAACACCCGCCAUAUCGAGAUCAUUCGCUACGAAGCCGGCUUCAAAAGCUUCGAUACCCACAACUUCGCCGAAAAGCUGCGUGGCAUGUCUCUUCCCCACAUCGUCGAUAUCACGAUUCGCAACCGCGGGCACUACACGUCACAAUGGCUUACCAAGUCCGGCUCGGAUGUUCACUACGUCGCGAUUACUAGCGGAAGCUUCAAGCAACACCAAGCCUGCGAGACAGCGCAAGUCAUACAGGGAGGAGAUUAAAGAAAAAGGCAUUGUGGAUCUAGAGGAGCAUGAUGGCGAACCGGAGAACGAGGAACAAGGCUUUGCAAAGUCUGAAAAGGCGGCGCAGGCCAAGCAGGUCAAUCUGAGCGCCAAACUCAGCAAGGAUGGAUCUGGUUCUGGAAGCACACCAGGUGGCAUGAAGGAAAUCUGGAGGCUCAUCAAGAUUGCGCGACCUGAGCUGGGCGUGCUCUCUUGGGCGUUCGUAUUCCUACUCGUCGGAUCUGGCAUCUCUCUAUCCGUACCUUUCUCAAUCGGCAAAAUCUUGGACGCUGCAACUUCGACCGAAAACACUGAUGGCUUACUCUUUGGCAUGUCUCCCUCUAUCUUCUACUUUGCACUGGCAGGUGUCUUGACAACCGGCGCUGCAUUCAACUUUGGACGUAUCAUCAUUCUACGAAUCGUUGGAGAACGCAUCGUGGCUCGCUUGCGAUCGCAGCUCUACCGUAAGACAUUUGUGCAAAACGCCGAGUUCUUUGACGCGAACAGGGUGGGAGAUCUCAUCUCCCGUCUCGGUUCUGAUACCAUCAUCGUUGGAAAGAGCAUCACGCAAAACUUGUCCGACGGCCUGCGUGCGCUCGUCAGUGGUGCAGCUGGUUUCGCCAUGAUGGGUUUCGUCAGUCUGAAGCUUACUGGUAUUCUCGCCUUGAUUGCCCCGCCUGUCGCUCUCGUCGCCUUCUUCUCUGGUCGUUCACUGCGGAAUCUGAGUCGCAAGAUCCAGAAGAACCUUGGAACUUUGACGAAGAUCGCUGAAGAGCGGUUGGGCAACGUUAGGACAAGUCAAGCCUUCGCUGGAGAAGUCCAAGAAGCAUCACGCUACAACCGACAAAUCAAGAGAAUAUUCGCUUUGGGAAAGAAGGAGGCUGUGGUUGCAGCGACCUUCUACGGAAGCACAGGAUUGAUGGGCAACUUGACCAUCAUCUCCAUUCUCUACGUUGGCAGCAACAUGGUCAAGAAUGGAGUCAUCUCUAUUGGUGAACUCUCCUCGUUCUUGAUGUAUACAGUCUACGCCGGUUCCAGUAUGGUUGGUCUGUCUGGCUUCUACGGUGAAAUGAUGAAGGGCGUUGGAGCUGCUAGUCGCCUCUUCGAGCUUCAAGACCGUAACCCGACUAUAUCGCCCACCAGGGGCUUACCAGUCAAGUCAGCGCGUGGCCCCAUCGAGUUCAAAAAUGUUUCUUUCAGUUACCCUACCAGGCCGGCAGUCACUAUUUUCAAGGACCUCAGCUUCAAGAUUGAACAGGGUACUAAUGUGGCUAUCGUGGCACCUAGCGGAGCUGGCAAGUCUACGGUCGCUAGUCUUCUUCUACGCUUCUACGUUCCCAACACCGGAACUAUUACUAUUGAUGGCCGGGACAUUACUACUUUGAACGCGAAGCAAUUGAGAAGGAAAAUUGGUUACGUCGGUCAGGAGCCCGUGCUCUUCUCUGGAACUAUCGCCGAGAACAUCGCAUAUGGUGUGCCUAAUGCCACCCGUGCUGAGAUUGUGGCCGCUGCACGAAAGGCUAACUGCCAGUUCAUCAGCGAUUUCCCCGACGGCCUUGAAACACACGCCGGCGCCAGAGGUACCCAACUCUCGGGAGGCCAGAAGCAACGUAUCGCCAUCGCACGAGCACUAAUCAAGAAGCCCGACAUCCUUAUCCUCGACGAAGCAACAAGUGCUCUCGAUGCUGAGUCUGAAACUCUCGUCAAUCAAGCACUCCACAAACUUCUUCAGGAGAACAACACAACUAUCAGCAUCGCCCAUCGUCUAUCAACAAUCAAACGCUCCGACCGCAUCAUUUGCAUCGAUGCCGAAGGUAGGGUAGCCGAAGAAGGCACCUAUGAGCAACUCAGCUCAAACCCAGAGGGUGCGUUCAACAAGCUCAUGGAAUGGCAAAUGAGUGGUGGUGAUGUGCCCGCCAAGGAUGUCAAGAACCCUAAGCCUACCGAAGAGGAAGAAAUUGAACGGGAGCUUGAAGAGGAGAAGGAAGAAGUCGCUGGCCGCAACCGCGUCUAG